AUGGGUCAAACGCAGCACAUGGAGCACCCAAACCACUCAGAGCACCCAGAGCGCCCAGAGAAGAUAGACGUGGCGGCAAUCCAGGACAUGUACAAGAAGUUUCUGAUGGAGUGCCCGAGUGGAGUGCUCUUCCUUCACGAGUUCAAAAAAUUUUUCGGCGUCGAACCCACGGGAGAGGCCUCAGAAUAUGCGGAAAACAUGUUCCGAGCCUUUGACAAGAAUGGGGACAACACCAUUGACUUCUUGGAGUUUGUAGCGGCUCUGAACCUGGUGUUCAGAGGAGAUCUUCAGCACAGACUACGCUGGUCCUUCAAAGUGUAUGACCGCGAUGGAAAUGGGCACGUGGACCGUGAGGAGCUGAGAGCCAUCCUAGAGAGUAUCUACAGAGUGAAAAAGGGCAAAAGGACAGAAGGAAGUGAGGAGAUGAGUGUGGACGAAGCAGUGGACAGACUUCUUGAAACCGUGGACACCGAUGGAGACGGUUUCAUAAAUAUGGAGGAGUUCUUGCAGGGGGCUAAGCAGGACCCUUGGGUGCUGAACAUGCUGAAGCUGGACAUGGACCCUACGUUUUGGGUGUUAGAGCAGAGAAGACGGAGCGCCCAUUUUUAA